AUGAAGUGGAGUCUGACUGUCUUCCUCCUCACAGGCCUCUGUGCUCUUACUCACUGCCGUCCUCAUCGGUAUCACUUCAUCAGAACCGCCACGACCUGGCUGAAGGCCCAGAUGUACUGCAGAGAGCUGCACACAGACCUGGCCACCGUCUACGACAUCGAGGACAUGAACCGUGUGGUGAACACAGCACAGGACGCCACCGGAGGAUUCAAGGACAGGGCCUGGAUCGGCCUCUAUGAGAACCUCACCAACUGGAGGUGGUCGCGUUCGGACCAACGUCGAGGACCGUUUUCAGACGAAGAAGGCGAUGACUUCAGGGGCUGGGAUGUUAGUCAGCCUGACAACUUCCUCGGGGACGAGAUGUGUGUUAACAUGGGGAGUGCAGGGGGCUGGGAGGACUCACCGUGCUUCCUGCAAAACCCCUUCAUCUGCUAUAAUGAGACAGCCAACAACAGCAGGCAAUUCACUGUUAUCGAGAAGAAGAUGAGCUGGUCUGAUGCUCAGCUGUACUGCAGAGAUCGCUACACAGACCUGGCCAGCGUUAGAAAUGAGGAAGAGAACAGGAAGAUACAGCGUUUGACCAAAGAAAGCAGCACCUGGAUUGGCCUCUUCAGGACGCGGGAAUGGUCGGAUCAAAGUGACUCCACCUACCGCUACUGGAGGGAAGGACAGCCUGAUCAUGUCGGGAGGGAGCUGUCUUGCACUGCGACUGAUCUGGGGAAUGCAGGCCUGUGGUCAGAUGAGGACUGCAGCAAGCAGCUCAGCUUUAUCUGUUAUGAAGAAAACGAUUUCUCCACCACCAGCACUGCUGCUACAUCUGCCACUACAAGCACUGCUGAGGAAAACUCAGCCGGCACAGUGUUCACCUCGUCUGAGCAGCUUUCAACCCAACAAAAGGAUCAAACAACAUCUGUUCCUGAUCAAGCAGCCAACAGUUUACCUUCUACCAGCUCCACAUCCACUGUGAACCCAAGUGCAGAGACUGUUACAGAGAUAGAGUCAACGACGGGUCGUGUCAGUACAGAAAUGACCUCAACAGAGCAGCCUUCAAGCCCAGAGGUGGACCUGACGAAUGAAACUCCAAGCAGCCCGCCUUCGUCCACCACCUCCACCCCGGUGACCCAGAGCGAAAUAAGCCCAUCCAGAAUACCCCCAACCAGCACAGAGAGAUGGUUUUCAACCUCAGAACUGCACCAAACGACGUCUGUAACUGAUGAAAGCAAGCCAGUUUUCUCCACCGCUGACGACGCCACAGCUGCUCCGUCAACCAACGUCUAUUUCACAACAGACAUUACGUCUUCUGAGCUGCCGCCAGUCUCUGAAAACGAGACAGUUCUGUCUGCUACGACCACCGAGGGAGGCUCAAGCAGUACAGAAUCACCUGGUGAGAGAUCAGAUACGUCUUUGCUAAUCCCUGCCAGCUAA